CUUUUAUUACCUUAUUGUCGUUGAAUCAUGAUUGUUAUUAAAGUUUUAUGGUUGUUAUCAUUUCUUAUCAACUGGUUACGAAGCAACAGCAUCAGAAUUACAUAGUCUUGAAUUAAUCUUGAAUGAUUUGGAACAAUUGAUUCAAAAGCAUUUUGACUGAUUAUUGAAAUUUUGUGUCGCAUAUUCACAUCAUAAUAUGAUCAAACAAUGACUAUAAGAAUGGUUCAUCACGCUUUCAUAAUCGCAAUUCUAGUUGCAUCCUUAAUUCACCAAUCAUACAGCCAAGGAGCUUAUGAUCCUUAUACAAGUUUCGAUGGUGAAAGGCGAGGUUCAUUCAGCGCAAAUCAAGUGGUUGGUAUCAUUUUUGGUUCAAUAGCUGUUGUGAUUGCUCUUGCAUUGACACUCGGAUUCUGUUAUUAUGUUUACCGAAAGGAAAGUCAAAGAUCUAAUGGCGGUCAAUAUACACCAACAGCUGAUCAAGAAUUGUGAUUCUUCAUCAACCAAAUAUUAAGCUUACUAAGGACUGCCAUUGAUUAAAUAACGCUAAUUUUUUGGAUCGUAAAUGCAAAAAUUAUAAACUCAAGAUAAAGAAACAUUUGUUUAUUCCUAUGUAUCAACUACUUUGAUCAAAAAACCAUGCUAUGUAUUAUAUCAGAUCUUAAUGUGCAAGUUGAUUGCAAGCAAAUUGGUCUGAAUUAAAAAAGUCUUCCUCUUUUCAAUUAAAUUGCAGUUAAACUAUUA